ACUCUCUACAUUUAAAAAAUAUAAGAUCAAAUGGGAUGAAAGCACGAUAAUUUUGUGGAUUUUUGAGUCAGGAUGGGCAGCAGCGGCAAAUCUGCGAACUCCACGGCGAUAAAGGCAGAGAUCAAGAGACACGAAGGACUUCAGAGUGCAAUCAACCGUUUGAGCAAACAGUUUGAGAGGGUUAGCGACCCACAGCUACGGUCAGGCCUCAAAGUCUACCUGCACAGCAUCCAAGUGAACAUCGCCAACAGUCAGGAGUGGACCCUGAGCCGAGUCGUCCCGGAGAUACGACUGGGCGUUCUGGGCAGUCUGAAAAGUGGGAAGUCUGCGCUGGUGAACAAGUACAUCACAGGCAGUUACCAGGCUGUGGAGAGACCAGACGGAGGCAGGUUUAAGAAGGAAGUGAUGGUGGAUGGACUGAGUUAUCUGUUACUGAUCCGAGAGGAGCCUGGACCGCCUGAUGCACAGUUCUGCGGGUGGGUGGACGCUGUGAUCCUGGUCUUCAGUUUGGAGAAUGAGUCCAGUUUUCAGGAGCUGUAUUCUGUGUACGCUCAGCUGAGCUCGCUGCGCUCGGACCUGCCCGUCAUCGUGGUUGGGACUCAGGAUAAGAUCAGCAGCUCAAAUCCUCGCGUGAUCGAGGACCAGCGAGCGAGACAGCUCUGCAUCGACGUGCGACACUCUCUGUUCUACGAGACCUGCGCCACCUACGGGUUCAAUGUGGAACGUGUCUUUGCUGAAGCUGCUCAGAAGGUGGUGGCUCAGAGGAAGCAGGCUGCUCUUCAGGCCUGUAAGUCUCUGCCCAACUCCCCCAGUCACUCCGGAGGGUCUACGCCGGGCUCCGCCUCCUUCCCCAGCCAGGUCAGUAACGGCCCGAGCCCUGGCUACGCUUACUCCCUCCCAUCCACCCCUGUGGUCAGCCACAGAGAGCUGAGGGUGGCUCCAGGGGAGGGGGCGGGGUCUGUGUCUCGCUCACACAAAAACAUCCCCCGAAGACCCUCCCUCUUCAAGAAUCGUGACCAGGAGAAGAAAUCGGGCGAGUCUAAAGGAGAUGUGAGCACAAACAGAGGAGUCCCCAUUAAACAGAGCAUUUUGUACAAGAGGAGUGGGAGCUCACUGAACAAAGAGUGGAAGAAGAAAUAUGUGACGCUGUCCAACACUGGAACACUGUCAUAUCACUCCAGCUCCAAUGAUUAUUCUCAGAACUCUCACGGGAAGGAGAUCGAUCUUUUGCGCGUUACUGUAAAAGUCCCUGGGAAACGACCUCCACGAGCUGUAGCCCCAACCGGACCCUCUCCAGCGCCUCCUACUGCCCCAGGGGUGAACGGUAUCAGCAAAGAGACCAGUGCGGAGACUACUAGUACAGUCCCUCAGCUCUGUCCCAACACUCUGUCUGUGGUUGAAGAUCGCACUGGCGGGCUCUCUCCUGUAGGGGGCGAUAGAGCACUGCAGCACUGCCCUUUGUCCCUGUCCACCAAAGCACAAAGCGUCGAUGCUCUUGAAGGCACCGCCGUCCCGUUCACAGGGAAAGACUCGAGUCAGUCGUCUCCAAUGAGCGACCGCAAGAAGCACCGAAGGAAGAAGAGUAUGACCCAGAAAGGAGACGCGGCAGUCGGGCAGGCCGAAGACGAGGAGAACUCAGACUUCAUCAUCGUCUCCUUCACGGGUCAAACAUGGCACUUUGAGGCUCAGAGUCAAGAGGAGAGAGACUCCUGGGUCUCUGCUAUCGAGAGUCAGAUCCUGGCCAGUCUGCAGUCCUGUGAGAGCGGCAGGAACAAGGCUCGUCGUAGCAGUCAGAGUGAGGCCGUGGCUCUUCAGGCCAUUAGAAACGCUAAAGGGAACGGGCUCUGUGUGGACUGUGAGGCGCCCAAUCCAACCUGGGCCAGUCUGAACCUUGGGGCUCUGAUCUGCAUCGAAUGUUCUGGGAUUCACCGCAACCUGGGUACUCACUUGUCUCGAGUCCGCUCUCUGGACCUCGAUGACUGGCCCGGGCAGCUGACCCAAGUCCUGGCAGCGAUUGGGAACCACACGGCCAACAGCAUCUGGGAGAGCUGCACCCAAGGGAGAAGCAAGCCCACGCCCAACGCUACACGUGAGGAGCGAGAGUCCUGGAUCCGGGCGAAGUACGAGCAGCGUGCAUUUGUGGCUCCCCUCGCACCUGUCCUGACGCGGCACCUGCCAGAGGAGGCCCUGCCCCAGUGGCUCCUGUCGGCCGUGACUGACAGGGACCUGCCCAGGCUCCUGCUGCUCCUGGCCCACAGCAACAAAGAGCAGAUCAACCCUCCGCCCGCUGUAGCGCCCCCUUGUGGUACCGCCCUGCACGCGGCCUGUGCACUGGGUGACGUGGUCAUGACUCAGCUGCUGGUCUGGUACGGCGUGGACGUGAAACUGAAGGACGACCAGGGACAGACUCCACUGAUGCUCGCCAGAAAAACAGGAAGUAAAACCUGCAUGGACAUCCUGUUACAACAUGGCUGCUCCAACGACACGCCCCCAACUACUGCCACGCCCACACUCUCACGCAGGUCGAGCACUGCGAGCCUGGGCCGUACUCCCUCCAGAAAGAGGCCUUCAUAGAGUGGACGUCACCUCCACUGGACCAGAGUUUAACAUAAGAACCACUGAACUGUACGAAGAACCAGAAGAACCACGAGACUAUGAGGAACCUUCACCAUGAGAAGAACUCUGAAACAUAUCAAACAAUGAAAGCAAUAUCCACUCACUGUCCACCUAUUGCUUCAACCGAGUCGCUGACGAUGACCUCAUUCAUCUCAACAUGAACUUAUACAAAGGAACUGUGUAGCUGCAUUGUAAAAAUAUUAUCUACAAAAGCUUAAACUUACUUGUAUUCUGAACAGAGGGGCUUGUGUCGCCGUAGCGCCCCACGUCCCACGCCUAUGAUAAAAUGUAAUGUUUGAAUUCACUGCAUAUUGACACCUACAUCAGCGACUUUAGCUGAAACCCCUGCUUCUAUGGACCGUCUUUUAGUGCAUUGUAA